GCACAUUUAACCCUAGAGACCGCUCGAGCCGUCCUCCGCCGCCGCUCCCGCUCAUCUUCUCCUCGGGCGCUCUCCCUCCCGGAUCCAGGUGACGCAUGGCCAGCCCAGUCCGCUCCUGCUACAUCUCUCAACGAUAGUGUGAUGCCGCCGUAGCUUAGGAUGAAGUUUGUCGCUGCAUAUCUACUUGCUGUCCUCGCUGGGAACCCCAGCCCUUCUGCGGAGGAUCUGUCGGCCAUACUGGAAUCAGUUGGCUGUGAAAUCGACAGUGAAAAGAUGGAGCUCCUGCUGUCCCAACUGAGCGGCAAGGACAUUACGGAGCUCAUUGCUGCUGGCAGGGAGAAGUUCGCUUCAGUCCCUUGCGGUGGUGGUGGUGUGGCUGUCGCGGCCGCUGCACCAGCUGCUGGUGGCGCUGCUCCUGCAGCUGAGGCGAAGAAGGAAGAGAAGGUGGAGGAGAAGGAAGAAAGCGAUGAUGACAUGGGCUUCAGCCUCUUCGACUAGGCUUCUGCAGUCAUCAGAGCUGUCUCAUUUGAGUAGGAAAACCAAGAGUCGAUGUUUGGAUUUGAACCCUGUUUUAUUUUGCCAAUCACCAGAAAGACUUAUUAUCUUGAUAUGUAGUAAUUCAGCUGUAGGUUGCUAUGUUGGUUGUGGUAUGCUUGUGAACCAGAGUUUUCACUAUCCUAUAUAUAUAUCCGAUGAAUUGGUUGCCCAAAAGUUU